AUGAGGCCAAACACUCGAUUGUGCAAGCAGCUGCUUGCUCAGCGCCGGACUUUCUCGUCCACUGCGCGUCGGUUGGAUAACUAUGCCUUCAUUGGCCUAGGCCAGAUGGGCUACCAAAUGGCUAGAAACCUACAAUCCAAGCUUCCACCAAGCGAUACUGUUCGCAUUUAUGACAUCAACCGAGGUGCGGCUGAAAAGCUCGCCCAGGAGAUGUCGGCACAGCAAGCCGGAGGAGCUUCCGUUCAGGUGGUGGACAGUGCAGCCGAUGCGUCGAGAGAAGCGGACACGGUUGUAACAUGCCUACCCGAACCUCAGCACGUCAAGGCAACAUACGAGUCGAUCCUUAAGUCGGACCUACCUUCCCGACCUGGUCCUCGUUUGUUCAUUGACUGCUCGACCAUCGACCCUACCUCCUCUCGUGAGGUUGCCGCCGCUGUAGAGAAGGCCCUCCCUAACGGAAAGGGUCACUUCGUCGAUGCCCCCAUGUCAGGUGGUGUCGUUGGAGCUACCGCAGGCACGUUGACGUUCAUGCUUGGUGCGCCCAAGUCCCUUGUUGCCAGGUCUGAGAUCGUCCUGCAGCGCAUGGGCAAGCGGGUGUUGCACUGCGGUCCUCAGGGAGCGGGUUUGGCGGCGAAGCUUGCCAACAACUACCUGCUGGCGAUUGAGAAUAUUGCUACCGCGGAGGCCAUGAACCUGGGUGCCCGAUGGGGCCUUGAUCCGAAGGUGCUCGCCAGCGUGAUCAAUGUCAGCACUGGAAAGUGCUGGCCCAGUGAAGUCAACAAUCCUGUGCCCGGCGUCGUAGAGACUGCCCCAGCCAACAGAGACUACUCCGGUGGUUUCGGAAUAGGACUCAUGCGCAAGGACUUGAGGCUGGCCAUUCUAGCAGCAAAGGAGGCCGACGCUAAGCUUGUGCUGGCGGACAAGGCUUCAGAGGUGUACGAGACUGCCGAGUCAGAAGAGCGAUGCAAGGGCAGAGACUUCUCGGUUGUCUAUAGGUGGUUGGAUGGAAAAGAGUAG